AGAACAUUCAGCAAUUUAACAAAUAAAACUGGAUUAAGCAGAGUUUUGAUUAACAUGGGUUCAGAUUAACAAGAUUGCACUAUACUAUGAUCUAUCCCUUCCAUUUAAAUAUUAGUGCUAAAUAUAGUGAAGUAAAUAUAUGUUUUGAAGCACAAGAAAAAUAUGAUUGUUUAAUCCAUAUUCCAACAAAAUUUAAUCAAUAUUAUAAUUUGGUUGAUAUCAUUAACAAUGGACAAAAUAUUGAUGGAAAACAUGUUAAUCUUUUGGUUGGAUUAAAAUCUUUAGGAAUUCCACAAAAUAUUACAACAAAAGAUGGAAGAAACUUAAGAAAAGUUAAUCUUACUGUUUUUGAUCAAACUUAUUCUUCUUUCAUCAUCACAAUAUGGGAUGAUGCUGUAAUUCAUUUUGCACAGAAAUGGAACCAAUCAAAUUGUAUUUUAUUUAUCAGUGAUAUUAAAGUUAAUUAUAAUAAACAUAUGAAACAAAUGAUUGGUACUGUUGAUGGAUUAACUGUUUUUACUCCAAAUCCAGGUAUUAUUUUUCUAAAAUAAUUAUCAAUAAAUUCA